AUCCUGAAUCUACGUACACUUCACCAGAACAUUAUCAGCUUGCUGACUCCCGUUGAACGCGUUGAGUUGAACCUCUGUCGGACGGGCAAACCGGCUGAGGCGGCAGUUGCCAGCCUGUCCGUAUUCCUGGCGCCCUGGUGGCCGAUGGAGCGGAAGACAGCAGAUCAAAAGACCAUCUCUUCUGGUGGCCCAUCCAGUCAGCUCGUCAACCCUCUUGCCUACAAUCCAUACACAGCACCAGAAUGGCGUGCUAUGAUGGCAGCUUUGGAGGCCCGUUUGGAGCCGGCCGAGUUAGCUGCUGCAAAUCGUCUGCGCUCAAGGCUGGUCAGCUGUGCAGCUGGACUGGGAAAGGCAACGUACGAGACAUGGCCUGGCCAGGACAGGACAAAAGACUCGGUCUUCAAAACUGGCCCCUCAGCUUCAGGUACCCAGUUUCGUCGUAGCUGA